UGAAUAUAUGACAAAAAUGAUAAGUCAUCCACUUGAAUCACUGGCUACAAAAUUGUCAUCCAGCCUAUACUUUCAGACCACAUGCUGCUUCAGUGACUCUUAUUUCCGUUAUCUUGUCAAAUCUUUAGCCUGUUUCCAACAAACAAAAAUGGAAUCCUCAACGGUGGUCAUGUAUCCUUCUCCGGGAAUCGGCCACCUGGUUUCAAUGGUGGAGCUUGGAAAGCUCAUCCACACUCACCACCCUUCACUCUCAGUCAUCAUCCUCAUACUUACAGCACCAUAUGAAACCGGCGCCACCGGUAAGUACAUCAACACCGUCUCCGCCACCACCCCCGCCAUCACGUUCCACCACCUCCCCGCCAUCGCUCUUCCACCAGACUUCUCUUCUGAAUUCAUAGACCUUGCUUUCGGGCUCCCCGAGCUUUACAACUCUGUCGUCCACAACACACUCGUAGCCAUCUCACAAAAAUCAACCAUUAAAGCAGUCAUCCUAGAUUUCUUCUCAAACGCAGCUUUUCAAGUCUCUACAAAUCUCAGUUUACCAACUUACUACUUCUUCACUAGUGGUACUUUUGGUCUCUGUGCGUUCUUGUAUCUUACAACGCUACACAAAACCACUUCUAAAAGCAUUAAAGAUCUGAAUACUUUGUUAGACUUUCCUGGGGUACCUCCCAUCCAUUCUUCCCAUAUGCCUACGGCUAUAUUUGAUAGGGAAAGUAACUCGUACAAAAACUUUAUGAAAACUUCCAACAAUAUGGCGAAAUGUUCCGGUAUCAUCGUUAACAGCUUCUUGGAGUUGGAGGAAAGAGCCGUUGCAACUCUGCGGGAUGGUAAAUGCAUCACUGACGGUCCAACUCCGCCUAUAUAUUUUAUUGGGCCUUUGAUCGCUAGUGGCAGUCAAGUAGAUCCUAACGAAAACGAGUGUUUAAAAUGGCUGAAAACACAACCUAGUAAAAGUGUUGUGUUUUUAUGCUUUGGGAGUAUGGGUGUGUUUGAGAAAGAACAGUUGAAGGAAAUAGCUGUUGGCUUAGAGAGAAGUGGGCAAAGGUUUUUGUGGGUGGUUCGCAACCCACCCUUAGAGUCGAGUUCAGGUGCUAAGGAGUUUGAGCUUGAUGAUAUUCUUCCUGAAGGGUUUUUAACCAGGACUAAGGACAAGGGUCUGGUAGUGAAGAACUGGGCGCCUCAGCCUGCAAUACUUGGUCAUGAGUCGGUGGGUGGAUUUGUGAGUCAUUGUGGGUGGAACUCGUCGCUUGAAGCCGUGGUUUCUGGUGUGCCAAUGGUGGCAUGGCCGUUAUACGCAGAGCAGCAGAUGAAUAGAGUGUAUUUGGUUGAGGAAAUAAAGGUGGCACUAUGGUUGAGGAUGUCGGCGGAUGGGUUUGUGGGUGCGGAGGCGGUGGAGGAGACAGUGAGGAAAUUAAUGGAGGGAGAGGAAGGGAGAGCAGUGAGAGAACAGAUUUUGGAGAUGAGUGGUGGGGCGAAGGCUGCGGUGGAGGACGGUGGUUCCUCGCGACUUGAUUUCUUGAAACUAACGCGACCUUGGACCGACCAGUGAGUGUUGAUCGUGGUGUGAUUGCCGAUUGGUGAUCAUCAUAUAAUAUUUUUUUUAUACUUAAGAAUGUCUAUCAAAGGGCUUGUAGUCUAGCGGUACCGAGAGAUAUGUUAGUUAAAUAUUUCUCGUGGUUGAAGGUUUAGUAGUUUGGCAAACAAAAUAAAAAAUUUGGCAAGUUCUCGGGUUUUCGUAAUCAAAUGUGUAGAUUUAGCCAUCAAAUUUGAGUGUGUGUGACAUUGUGAGUUAGUCAUUCCAAUUUAUUUUUUUUCAGAUAACAAUGUAUCCCUUUUGUAACUUUAUAUAUAUUCUAUGAAUAUUAUGUAA